AUGGCACCUUUCUUGUAUCAAACCAAGACCUUGUGCAAUAUAGCUCUGUUCAAGCCCAAUUUUAUAUAUAGAAGUCAAUCUACGAACAUCAUCCGAAGAAGUUUCCAUCCCUCCGUUGGGGGAUUCAUCACUCGUGGUUACCAGACUCGUUCAAAUGAUUCAUCGCUCGAUGCUGAUCAGCGCGUCCCAAUCCGGAGGGUAGCGAUAGAAUCCAAUGUGCCAUCGAAACCGAGAAGGGAUAGGAACACUAGGCAGCCGACGCAAGACGAUGACAUCCACUUCGAAGACAGUCGACCAUCGAAACCGAGAAGGGAUCGGAACACUACGCGGUCGACGCAGGACAAUGACAUUCAUUUUGAAGACGGUCGAUCAUCGAAACCGAGAAGGGAUCGGAACGCUGGGCGGCCGAGGCAGGACGAUGACAUCCACUUCGAAGGCGGUCGGUCACCGAGAUCUAGGAAUUUGGAGCGGAAUGAUUCUACGUUCAACCUACUGGAUUCCGUCCGAGUAAACGAGUUUGGCGAGGUAGACGAUAGAACGUUUCAGGGGCAGGGAAUACCUGAUUACAGCGAGGGGCUGGAGGACAGCUUCCCUCAGGGAGAUGAUGGCAUCGACUCAAUGGAUGUGCGCGGGCCGCGGGUGUCGACUAUAACGGACACGGAAAAGCGAGCUUUCCAGAAGAUUUUUGAAGAGAUGUUUGCCCAAAACCAAGGAUCGGCUGAUGCGCCUAGUUCAUUCCCCCAAAUGACCGAUAGUGCAUCAUCGCCGGGAAGAGCAAAGUCGACGUUAGACGCUAUGUUACAAACUGCUCUAGAACAGAACGCUCAGACCCGGAAGGAAAAAGAGGCUGUCGUGAAUCGGUACCCGCCUGUUCUACGCGCCUCCAUUGCCAAAGCUAUCAGAUUGACCGAGGAUGAUUCUGAUGAUUUGUUUGGAGAAACAACAACCGAGGAGCCAGAACUAGACCAUGAUCAAUUGGAGACAUUACGGGAUCCGGAACGUAUUCGAGUUGAGACUCUUAUGAAUGAAGCCAAAACCGACGUUGAGUUAUUUGAAGUCAUGGAGAAAGAAGUAUUCUCCUUGAUCCAAAAGCUAGGACUAGAAGAAACCCCAUCCGGCGUCGAGCCACCAACGGCCGAAGAGCCAUCAACCCCAGAGAUACCAACAACCACAAAGGCAAAGAGAGGAAGGAAGAAGAAAGACGUGAAAGAAGUGAAAGAAGUGAAAAAACCGGUGCCCCAAGAUCUUGGCGCCCAAUUCGAGACUACCAUUACCGACAGUGCAACUGGAACUGAAGUGUCGGCUCUGAUUCUUUAUGGCCCUCUUUACCCAUCACACCUUCUCUUCGGGCUCCGGCUCCUAGACCGGUCAUUUGCGAAACCGUCCCCACUCGCGCUCUCAAUCCUACCGAAAGUCAGGUCCCUGGGCUCCAUAUCACACGUUCUUGGAGGAACCACACAAUUGUACAACGAAAUUCUCCGCAUCUACUUCUACCGAUACGAGAAUUUUGGAGCAGUUAUCAAGACGCUAGAAGAAAUGGAGGUUUCUGCAGUGGGGUUGGAUGAAGAGACUCUGGAGAUCGUCGACAAUAUUCUAAGAACGCAUAAAAAAGUGACUAGUGGCGAGCGAGGACCCGUUAUACAAGCGCUUUGGAGUAUGCCGGAAUUCUCCGCGGCGAAAUUCAAGUUCUGGAGAACUAAGAUCUCCACAGCCAUUGGCGCGAGGGAUGGGUUCGGAGAGAACGCACCGGUGGUUCGGUAUCAUGCAUACGGACCAAUACCUGAAAACGUGUAA